UAAAAAUUUCAAUUACUGCCUUUCGUUGUCGGGGUUCGGUUGACACGGUUGGCGGGCAGUAGCUGAGCAAAGAUGCUGCGGAAUCUGCUGGCUCUUCGUCAGAUUACCCAGAGGACUAUAAGCACUGCUUCACGCAGGCAGUUUGAAAAUAAAGUGCCAGAGAAACAAAAGCUCUUUCAGGAGGAUAAUGGCAUUCCAGUUCAUCUGAAAGGGGGACUAGCUGAUGCCCUCCUGUAUAGAGCCACCAUGCUUCUUACAGUUGGUGGAACAGCAUAUGCCAUAUACCUGUUGGCUAUGGCUUCAUUUCCCAAGAAGCAAAACUGAAUUCACUUCAUCAUCCCAGCGUUCAGCUGGUUCAAUGGACCAGUAAUCUGAUAAUCUAAGUUCUUUGGGGAUCAAUAUUUAUUGACUUGUAUUAACUGCCACCAAUAAAGCAGUCUUUACAAUGCAAAAAAAAAAAAAA